AUGCAACAAAAGAAAAGCCUAAUCACAGUUGUUAAUGAAGAGGAAACUGCAAAUUGUGUUGCGGAAGAACAAGCUAAACAGACAAUAAUCAAUGUUGAUGAAGGACAGACAUCAAGUGUUAAUGAAAAUGAAAGAAGUACGAGUAGUAGUGGUAAUGUGGAUAAUCCGAUAAUAGAAGAGGUUUCUUCUUCUACCAAUCAUCAAGAAGAGGAUCAUAGUAAUAUUGAGAAUGAUUCGGAACAACAAACAUCGGAACAUAAAUGUUCGCUUCAACCUCUAUUGGAUAAAAUACGAAAGGAACUCAUUAGUACUUCUUCAGAUGAAAAUUCUUAUAAUGUAAAUAAUGUGUGGCAUUAUGUAGAGGAAAUUGCAUAUGCUUUGAAAAAGGAAAGUGAAACUCAAGAGGUCUAUGCCAUUUCUUCCCUUAAAAUAGCUGUGGAAUUAAUAGUUGUUUGGGGAAUAAUACCUCGAUUGUUAAAAGGAGUUGGUGUCUCUGUAGUAAAACGAGUAGAAUCAAUGUCACAACAGACGAAAGUUUCAAUUAACAAACAGAGUGAAUUAGCAGAAGAUGAAAAGAAAACUGGAGCAGAAUUGACAAAACUUGUAAAAUGCAUAAGAAUUUUAUACGAAAUUUCACAAUGGGAUGAUUUUUACAGAGGCCUAGUUUUACAAAAUUAUUUACCAGAUAUUUAUGCAAGUCUUUUUCAAGUACUCUUCUUGUGUACGUCUUUGAAAAAGACUCUUGAACAAAAGUAUUCUAGUAACCUUGCUGAAAAAUAUGGCUUGGAUGAAAAGGAUAGAUUAUUCUGCUCAGAGUUGUUAUUCAAAUUACUGAAUGAAACACAUGAGAGCAUGGUUGUCCAUAGCUUGAUUUUAUUAAUGUCUCAAUCAGCUACACCACAAUGGCUAAAAACAAGAUGCACCACAUGGUUAUCCAAAACUAUUCAAAGACCUAAAGGUGUGUUUGGAAUAAUAUCUGUGCUUCUUGACAAUGUACCUGAGUCUAGUUUUAGAAGUUACGAUAAGGUAGUUGAUCUGAUAAUAACAGUACCUAAAGAAAUGGAGACAGUGACCUACUUUGGGAUUAUUUGUCCUCAAAUAUUGAAAUUAUUUCAUUUAAGAGGAAGAAAUAGCAGCCAUAUAUUACGUUCGAGUGCAUUACUAUGUGGUAGGAUAAUUGAGAAGUAUCCUGAAAUAGCCAAGAAAUUACUUCUUGAACCUGUUCUAUCACCAUUGAGAAAGUUUGUGGAUUUACAAAAAUCAUUAGACAAAAAAUUCGAGGAAGACAAGAUCAAAUCAGAUUCAGACAAAUCACUCUUGUUUUUAGAGGAUGAACUGCCCUCAAAUUACAAGGAAGAAUUACUUUGCAAUGAAAAUGAUUUAGGACAAUGUGUGGAAGAUAUUCACAGACUCUUGUUUGGUAAUUCACCAAAUAGUGUAAUAUUUAAUUCUAUAACGCCAGUGAUACCUGCUCUUUUCCAAUUAUAUUGCUUUGUAAGCAAAACUAAACUAAAUUUGAAAUCUGCCUGUGAGGAAAUAAUGACAAGCUACUUUAAACUGAGUGAUGAUGCACUGGCAGUUACUAAGAGACUAUUAAUAUUUGAUAGGAAACUUACAACUAAAAGCUUUUUAAUAUUUGCUCCUGGAGAAUCAGGAGGUGUAUGUAUGAAACGAGUAUCAGAAACAAAGAGAGAUUACCUUUGGGAAGCAACAUGUAUGAUUAAUUUAUUCAAACUAAUGAAGAAUCAUACUGUAGCUGGUGAUUUGUUUGUUCACUUGAUUUCACAAUAUAGUGCUAUGAGGCAACAUAUGAGUGAAUUAACACUCAAAGAAUUGGAGCAAAAUCCUGAAAAUCCUAUUAUUUAUGAACAAUAUAUACCUGAGAAUAGUAUAAUUCUCUUACAAGUUAUUCAGCUUUUAAUUACUGAAAUGGGAUCCUCAAUCAUGAAAAAUACUUCCCAAGCUAUUGCUUUUGUUAAAUUUUUAUUGUUAAACAAUGAGAAUAAUCAAUCAGAGGAUGCCCUAGAAUCAGUUGUUAUGGCACUAGGUAUUUUAUCUGCCAUUUUAUGUGGUGGUAUUUCAGUUAACACAAUUCAAGACGAAGAAAAAUUAGAGGAUUUGAAACCUAUUUUAAAUAGAUAUAAAUCACACGAGCAACAACAAAUUUCUGAGAUGGCAUCAACUGCCCUUCUAAGUAUUGAUACUAAGCAAUACAGAGAAGUGCAUGGUAAUAUAGAGGAAAUAUCAGAAGAUGAGAAAAUUAAAAUGAAAUUCGAUCAAAUUUUACAAGACUUGAGAGAUCCACUUCUCCCAAUUAGAGCUCAUGGUGUCAUUUCUUUGAAAGAUUUAGUUUUGGAACAGAAAAAGAAUGCAAUUAUUCAGAAACAAUUACAAAAUAUUUUCCAUAUUUUGCAAGCUCAGCUGAAGGACGAAGAUACAUAUGUCUACUAUGGAGCUAUAGCUGGUCUAUCAGCAUUGGGAGAUGUUUAUCCAGAUGAAAUUAUUCCAAUUUUGACGGAUACUUAUCAAGAUAAGAAACAACAAGUUGAACAAAGAUUGAAAAUUGGAGAAUCUCUUUUGGAAAUAGCUGAAAGGUGUGGACAAUUACUCCCUAAAUAUGCUCACUUCUUUGUUUACUGCUUUUUGAAUAGUGGUAAAGAAACAAGUCAAGAUCUAGAAUUAGUCAGAGCAAGUUCUCUAUCUAAUAUGGCUACUUUAGUCCAAAUUCUCAAAUUUGGUGUUCAUCCAUUCCUUCAAGAUAUUAUGGAUUGUGCAUCCUACAUUUUAAAGUUUGACUCUAGUGAGCAAGUAAGACGAGCUGCUGUUUUCAUUUAUCACUCAUUCACAAAGACAUUCAAAACUGAUUUAAGUGAAAUUUUGGAUGGUAAAAAUCUCAAUCAUUUCAAACAAUCCUUGGAAAGAAGCGCCUUUUAUGACAAGGAUGAAAUUGUUAGGAUUAACGCAAAGAGUGUACUAAGUGAGGUAGAUGAUAAUGAUACUGAACUCUUAACUCCACAAACCUACAUUCCAGAGGCAAGUAAGGGACAUUUCCUGAAUACCUUCCUCAAAUUCACAAAUAACUAG